AUGGCAAAACCGGCGGUGACACCAGUAAUAUCUGCGAAAGAUUUGGAAAAAAUUGCAGAAGAAUUAAAACUUAAAACAUUCUAUGAUGAUUUCUUUUUAAAGAGUGAACAACCUAAACCUGCCGAUCCCUGUAAAAUAUUCGAAACGCCAGACAAAAAAAAAGAAAAUGAAAGAAAUAUAUGCCUAAAGCUCGUACGUCAUUUAGAGAAAAUUGGUGAAAUCACGGAAAAGUCUAAGCGCGAUGAUUAUUGUAAUUAUUUAACUUACUGGUUUUAUGAUGAAUUAGGGGAAAUAUAUAAGGAUUACUCAAAAAAAAAAGAAGAUAUAUCUUCCUUUAAUGAACUUAUUGGUGUAGUGAAUAAGGUUAAUAUACCACAGAGCCGAUAUCCGAAGUGUACUUUAAAGUCUGAAACUGGAGUAAGUUUGGAUGAAUGGAAAAAAAGGAAACUGUCUUAUAUUUAUAAGAAAAAUUACAAUGAUAUUAAAAGCAAGGUUAGUUCUCAAGAAAAAGAAAAAUGUGAUAAAUAUUCUAAAUAUCUUGAUAAUAUUAAUAAGUUAUAUAUAAAUUAUAAGACGAAAAAAUGUAGCUGGUUUACCUUGAGUCCGGAUUAUGCAGAUUGUUAUGAUAGAUAUAACCCAAAUUCCAUCAUAACCGAAUUAGCAAAAUGUAAGACUCAAGGAUCUAGAAGUAGUCAAUCUUCAGUACUAGGAUGGUUAUGGGGAAGUUCAUCACCUAAAACAGCUCCAAGUAAAGGUUCUCCAGGUGCUCAGGAACCAGCAAAAACUGCAGUUGUGAACAAUCCUGGGAGGAUAUCAUCCGCAGGGGGUAAGGCUACAGGAGCUGAACAAGCAGGUGGGAACAAAGGGUUAGCAUCUGUAGCAUCCUCACAAAGUAGAGAAGUAUUAGGUAGAACCCAAAAUGCUGUAGGAGUAUCACCACUUGGAAGUUCGCAAGCAGGAGUUCAUAUGCUACAUGAAAGUAAAGAUAUUCAACAAGUUAGCUAUACGACCUUGCCUACAGCUCCUGAGGUUAACCCUGAUACAUCUAAUUUUUUGGACAAAACAUUUGGUAUAUUGAAAUCAGAUUAUUUUCGCCACUCAAUAUCAACUCCGAUAGGAUCGCAAACAAAUAAAGGUGAAAAGAAGAAAAGAAAGCCUCAGAAUAAUUACUAUGAUGAAUAUGAAGAAGAAUUACCAAGAUAUGAGUCACAACAGUCAUUGGCGGAGUCCCAAAUGAGCGAUGCAUAUAUAUCAUAUCAACCUAGGCGUGACCGUUAUUACUAA